UCACAUUCACGUAGCCUAGCCGAUUCAAACGGAUAAUCGCCCAAAAUUCAAACACAAUUUGGAAAUUUAGUAUACCGGAAAAAGUGGAAAGACAAAAUACAUCAAGAUGCCGCCGAAAAAGAAGGGAAAGAAGGAGAAGAAGGAUCCGAACAAAAUUACGAUGGUGGAUCGGACCUUCUACGAGCUGACAAUCACGGACCUCAACCAGAAGCUGGCCCGCCUCCGAUCGCAUCUGUCGACCUUGGACGAGUCGAAUAUUGUGCUGAACGAGAAGCUGAAGGAUGUGGAGAGCGAUCGGACGGAUGUGGCCGCCCACCUGGAGCGAACGCUGGCGGAGCGCAAUAACUCGAUUACCGAGCUGGAGGAGCGGCUGGUGGAGAUCACCAAGGUGCGGGACGAGGAGAACAAGAUAGCGCAGGAGAAGAUUGGCGACCUGGAGGGCAAGUACAAGGCCAUGCACGACCAGCUGACGUCGGAGAUAAAGCUGUUGAAUGGCAAGCUGAACUCCCUGGACGAGUUCCGCAUCCAGCGCGACAUACUCCUGGCGAAGUUCGACGACCAGGAGGCCGAUCUCAAGGAGAAGGAAAAGGAGCAAAAGGAGGCGCUGUACAACAUGGAGCAGCGGGCGGUGGUCGAGAAGGAUGCCCUGAAGAAGGAGGUGGAGCAGAAGCUGCUGCAGGUAUCCGAGGACUUUACACGCUCCAGCGAGAUCCGCAAUGCGGGCUACACGCGCCGUCUGAUCCGCGAGAACAUUGCCCUGCAGAAGGAGAUCGAUCUGCUGGUGAUGUCACAGAUCAAGCUGCAGCAGCAGUACACCAACCAGAAGGACAAGCACAAGGAGAUCGAGGAGCAGUACAGCGCCCUGGACCAGAUCAAGAACGAGCUGGUGCGCAACGCCGUGAACAAGAUCAAGAUCAUCGAGGGGCUGACCAAGAACUACGAGAAGCUGAAGGCCAAGUACGUGGAGGUGCUGCGGUACCGCAAGGCCUACGAGGCCAAGCAGCAGGCGGAGAAGUGCGAGCAGGUGAAGCAGAAGGAGGCGGUGGGCAAGCUUCGCACCCUGGCCAAGCACAUGGAGAUCCUGUCGCUGGAGAACAAGAACCUGGCGGUGGUGCACGAUCAGCACGAGAUGGAGAUACAGCGCCUGCGUGGCAUGAUACAGGAGAUCAAGGUGACCGUGCGGGAUGCCAUCAUAGCCGAGAAGAGUGUCAAGCUGUUCCCGGAGCGGCUCGUCGUGGCGGAUGUCGACGAGCCAAAGGUGAUCAAGGAGGUCAAGGAGGAGGCGGUCGCCCUCUGCAAGCUGGCACGCAUCGAUCUGCUCUCGCAGCUCAUGAACAUUGUCAGCUCCCACUCCGAGGAGCUGCCGCGCACCCCGUCGGUGGUGUCCAUAGGCAGUGCCACCUCCUCGCUGUACGCGCCCGGAAAGAUGGGCUUCAUGCCCCAAAAGCCCAAGGCCACACCCUUCGAGAUAUUCAGAAGCGAGGUCGUCGACCUGGUGGUGGAUCACACACUGCCCGACUACCUGACGAAGCACAAGGAGGCACAGGAGGGCGCUGCAGGCCGACGCCGCGGCGACGAGCUCUCCAUCAUCGACGUGGAGUUUGGCACCACUCUGUAUGUGUCCUCCUCUCGCGAGGACGAUCUCAUCGAGGCCGAGGAGGAGCCGCUGGAGGAGCCAGAAGGCUCCAGCAGUGAUGUGUCCAUGAAGAAGCCCAGCAGCGAGGGCAGCGCCCCACCGCCAGCAGCCGCACCACUCGUUAUCUCCGUGGAGGAUGCCAAGACGAGUGAGACAAAGUCCAUUCGAAGUGGCGGUACAGCUGAUAGCGUCACGGGCGUAACCCGCUCAUCCGGCAUGGAGGAGAUCGCCGAAGAAGAGGACGACGACUUUGAAAUUAAUCUCUUCUAUUAAGCAUUUAGUUUCACAUUUCAUAUUGUUUUUCGUUGAUCAGUAAAUAAAAAUUGUAAUCCUUGGCCCCUCCGUUGAGACG